GCUGAGGACCGUGCAGCGGGGCUCGGCCCUGGUGCCGCUGGCGCCGGGCUCCGCGAACAUGGCCGUCCCCGUGGUCCCGGUGCACGCCGACCCCUCCAAGACGCAGCGGUCGCUGGUGCAGGCCGUGCAGGCCGCUCCGCCGGCGGCGUGGUCUCGGGGCGCGCCGACGGCGUGGUCCCCGGCGCCGGCCAACCUCGUCGUCCCCCAGGACUCGCCGUACCACUACCAGGGGCCCAGCAUCAACUCCAGGGCAGACGUCCACCGCGGCGUGGGCCUGGGCGUGACCGCGACCGCCUGCCCCGCCGACCGGUCCGUCCUGGCGCCCAAGGAGCAGGACUACGUGCUCAUGGAGAAGAUCACCGCCCGGGACGGCACCCCGCUGGACGUGAUCGCCGGGCCCCAGGCCGGAGACCCGGUGUCCGAGGGCCCGCACCCCGUGGUGGGCAGGCUGGUGCUCGGUGGCGGCCAGCAGUCCGCGCUGUGCCGCCUCACCUACACCGUCAUCGUGCGUCGCUGCGGGCCCGCGCCGCCGCUGUCCACGCCGGCCGGGCUGACGGGGUUGACGGGCACCUCGCCGCGCUGCGUGGCCGGCACGGCGUGGGGGUCGCGGUGCCACUACCGCUGCCCGCGCCGCGACCUGGUGCUCCGCGGCGACAAGUGGGUGGUGUGCGGCGACGACCUGCGCUGGCACGGCCGCCCGCCCGUCUGCACCGGUGAGUUCCUGCGAUUCAGCCCGCCACAGUCGAAAUAAAUCCAUUUCCAGGUGGGGACUCGAACCUCGCACCUUGGUGGUGCGAAGCGAAGGCUUUACCCCUGUGCCACGGCGUGGCGCCCUGU